CAGUCCAUCUCUGUCUAUCCCAAUCUACCCCAGUCUACCCCAGUCUACCCCUGCUGUUGCAAUCUAUCCACCAACUCAGGCCCGACCCAGCACACCGAGCCUCGCCAACUCCAUAUCCCGCACGGCCCCUCCAUCCCCCCCUGGUUCGGCUGAUCAAGCAGCCCAAGUCGCCGCUGCUCAAUCGACGCUUCGGAUCCAAUCCCUCCCUCUUCUCGCCCAGAUGGCUCCAUCUCCCAAGGCCGUAUCGUCGGGCCGGACGCUCUUCACAAUCUUUGCCUCUCUCCUUAUCGACAUCCUCGCUUUCACCAUCAUCCUUCCCCUGUAUCCGCGCAUCCUCGCAAACUACCAGCAGACAGAUGGGCAUGACGAGACGACGCUCUACUAUCACUUCCAGAGCUACAUCCGCCAGUUUCGGGUCUUGAUCGGCGGAACCGGCACGCAUCUCGACAUUGUCCUGAUUGGCGGCGCGCUGGGCUCCAUGUUUUCCUUCCUGCAGUUUGUCUCGUCUCCCUGGAUCGGCUCGCUCUCCGACAAAUACGGCCGGAAAACCAUCCUGCUCCUCAGCAUGAUCGGCAACGGCCUCUCCAUGCUCCUGUGGAUCUUUUCAAAGUCGUUUUCGGUCUUUGUCCUUUCCCGCAUCAUCGGGGGCCUGACCGAGGGCAACGUCCAGAUGUCGAUAGCCAUGAUCUCGGACGUCACAACCCCCGAGACUCGAUCCCGCGGUCUUGCACUCGUCGGCAUCGCUUUUUCCCUCGGCUUCACCAUCGGCCCUCCUCUGGGCGCCUAUUUCACCUCCCUCGAUCUCGCCAAGAUCUUCCCAUGGAUCCAGGCUCUCCCCAUCAACCAGUACUCGACCCCGGCCCUGUUUGCCUUUGUGCUCAUCGUCAUCGAGUCAGCGUACAUGUAUCUCGCUCUCCCAGAGACCCUGCACUUUAAAGCCCAGGACGAAUCCGGCGCCGACUCGCAGCCUCCCGAGUCCAGCUCCAAGGCAGAGCCCGCGCCAGGCACCCAAGAUACCUCUCAGCUGGAUGUGGCCUCGACCCGCAAGCGGCUGCUCACCCUGGGCUUGGUUCACUUCCUGUUUCUGUUCUUCUUCUCAGGCAUGGAGUUCACCUUGACUUUCCUGACCCACGACCGCUUCCACUUCAGCCACGCCAACCAAGGCAAGCUCCUCGGCUACAUGGGCAUCCUCUCGGCUCUCAUCCAGGGCGGCUACGUCCGUCGCGUAACACACAAGUACAUCUCGGAACGGACCUUGGUCCUGCAGGGAAUCGCCGCCUGCGCCGUGGGCCUCUUCCUCGUUGCCUCCUGGGCCACCACCGUCUCGCGGCUCUACAUUGGCGUCACUUUCCUGGCCUUUACGAGCGGCACCGUCGUCACCUCACUCACUGCCCUGGCGGCCAGCUUCUCGGGCGGCAGCCGCGGCAAGAUCCUGGGCGAAUUCCGCUCCAUGGGGCAGCUUGGUCGCUCGCUCGGCCCCAUCUUUGCCUGCAGUGUCUUUUGGAUCAUCGGCAGCGAGCGCUGCUACUGGAUCGGCGCCGCCGCCAUGGUCCUCGUUGUGCUCUUGGUCGUUGUUGCCGUUCCCAAGCAGACCCUGCCCUCGCUCAAGCAAAAGUCCCAGUAACAGCAGCAGUUGUAGCAGUCUUAUCGUGCUAUGGGGUGCAAGCUCGCGGGAAUACACACAAUUGGUCGGUUA